AUGGUCGCGCCAUCUGCAGGUGUUCAAAACAUGUUCAGUCCGCUGCCCUUGAUCACAGUCAUCGACUCUCGUUUCCGUCGGGUUGAGAGUUUCAGCCACCUAACGGCCGAACUCCUCGUCUAUCGAAAAAAAACAGUCGACCGUCGUAGUUCUCUCGCGGGCUUUCGUUGGUGGAAAUUAUCGAUCCUCGUCAGUCGCGCCUACUCGCCUGGAGGUAGCCGGAAGACAGGGCUCCAUCUCAAUGCUCUCAUCGUCGGAAAACGCAGCUCUCGGCGACAUUGUCUUCAAGGCGACCGAACGAUGGUCGGAGAAGACGAUGGCUGGUAUGAUCGCACCCGAUACGCAGACGAGAAGAGGGGUUCGCGACGAGCGGUUUGCUGCGUGAAGGGUUCGUCGCUGGUGACUGAACACUGUAGGACGGCGGCGAUUAAGGCUGGCGAUGAGGUGAAUUUUGCGAGAAAAAAAAUAAGGGAUCGAAGGAGAGGAGUUUGGACGCAAACAGAGGGAAAGGAAUGCUGUGUGUUGCGGCAAUCUGAUCGUGAAAUAAAGAGGGAGAAAUUAGGGUUGUUGGAUUAG